GCCUCCCACUACGAUUGCACCUUUGUGUAUACUGACGACGACUGCAUUGAAUGCAUCGUCGUCGCUGCCGCCGACGACACCGUAGUGCGUGAAAAUGUUGUAAACACGAGAAAUGCGUGUGGUGGUGUCUCCUCCAACAACGAAGAGGAUUGUGACCAAAAAGAGUGAGGCGUGUUAGUGUGUUUUGUAUGUAUUUGAACAUUGUCCGACGAAAGAUGGCCGGAGAGGUUCGAUUUCGACUGAACGAUAACCUUGACCCUUUGCAAACAUUGGACAUAUGCCACGAAAUUGUUAACAUGACUUUUUGCGCUACAGAUAGAUCAUUUACUUUGAAAAAAUGUAUUAAAAAACGAUCUGUGGAUAGAUAUGACAGUUCUGAAAGUUCUGAUAGUGGAGUUGCAACCUUUAUCACAGAACUUGGAUCACCUAUGACACCAGAUAGUAGAGUUAGUGAAUACUCAAUCCCAUCUCCAGUUGAAUGUGAAUCAAUAAUGGCACCACCACCGCCUAUUCAAAAUUCAACAGAUGAAAUUGAUAUAACAUGUUGGCCUUGGGGGGAAGAAUGGCCUGGUGACUGUUCUAAUUUAGAAUUAUUUUCUGAUACUAGUGAUACAGAUGACUGUAAAACAGAAAAAGACUUAACAUGUAUUGAGCUUAAUAAAAGUUUAGAAGAAAACUCAUGUGAUGAAAAAGUUUUCCAAAACUCUUCAAAAGUUGGAGGCUUAUUUAAUACAUCACCAUUAACAGAAUGUAAAAAAAUUGAGUCUUGUGAUAACAAAAAAUCAAAUUGUGACUUUGUUCCUCCCAAAAGUUACAUUGUGACUGUUGAUGAAUCUCCAAUAAAAUAUUCAUUGUGUGAAGAUGAUGUGAUUACUUCAUCUGAAAUCAUAAACAAUGAUAAAACUGCUAUAAAGGCAGAAGAGUUUUUAUCUGAUCAGCUUUCACCAUCAUAUUUUAUUAAGUGUUCUGACCAAUUUGAAAAGACUGUAAAUAAUUUAAGUAGCAAUAUAUCCACAGAAAGUAAUGGUGACAGGUUAUUAGAAUCAUGUAUGGCUGAAAAUUUAAAUAGUAAUUUAUCUAAUAGUGAUGCAAACUUUAGAAGUCCUAAGAAAAAAAUAUGUUUGGAUGUUAAAACUACUGAUACUUCAGAUAAAGGUGGUUAUUUUAUGCGAUCAUCUUCAGGGUCUUGUCACGACCAACUUAAUUCUAAACCUUCCUUACUUGUAGACCAGAAUAAAAAUAUUCAACACAAUAUUUUGAUGACUGCAAAGUCAAAGUUCUCCAUAAACAAUUUGAUAGAUGAAAAAUCUUGUACAUACAAAUCUAAUAAUUUGAAUGAAAAAUUAAAUAGUUCUCAAACAAAUAUAUCUUCAGAUGAUAUGAAUCCUAAAAAAUUAAGAUUUCCAAAAUUAGAUACUCACUGGAUUUCACUCAGUGGAAAUAUUGUUUGUCAUUGGAAUGGCUGUGAUAGUUAUUUUAAUACUUCUGCAAAGCUCAUUGAACAUUUACAAGUAAAACACGUUAAUAUUCAAAAGUGUAGUGAAACUUUUGUUUGCCUAUGGAAUGACUGUAAAGUUUUCAAUAAACCAUCUUGUUCACGUUCGUGGCUUGAACGACAUGUAUUAAGUCAUGCAGGAAACAAACCACUUCAAUGUAUUGUCCAAAAGUGCAGACAGAGAUUUAGUUCUCAGAUAAUGUUAGAAAGACAUGUUAAUCAACAUUUUAAGGUUUCUAACAAAGAAGAAGAAGGAAAUAAUGGUAAAUUAAUUAGAAGAAAAGGAAAAAAACUAAGAUUACGUCGUCAACCAUUUUCAGCCAGAAAAUUUGAUUACUUUGAUCAAGCAACCAUGAUGGAAUUACAAGCACAGCUUUUUUUAAGCUCUGUAAAUAGUCAACAUGAUUUUAUUGAUUAUAGUAGAAGAGCCAUAAGAUUUCGACCAAAUGUUGUUGCUCAACGAAUACUAGAAGGAAGUAAAGAUUCUGAAGUGUUAGUUCGCUGGUUUCCUCCAGAACUGUUGGAUGAUGAAUGGAUAACUUGUGAUAAAAGUACAAAUUUUAAUAUUAACGAGCGUGUUGUGCCUAUUAUGUCUUUGAGUAUAGAAAGCCGAAACACACUUGUUAAACUAUUUGGUAAUAUUUUUCCUCCAGUUUCUCGACGCCCACGGAAAUAAUACUGCAUAUAGUUUGUCAACAAAAAUUUUCUUAGUUUCAUUUUUCACUAGUUCUUGUGAUAUUUUAAUUUAAGUAAUAAUAAUUUAUACCAGUGUGUCUUUGGCUGUAGAACAAAUUUAAUAGAAAAUAUUGGGACCAAGUGUCUAAAAAUUUUAGUCUAAUGAUUCCUUAAAUAAUAUUUUUAUUCAAUAAUAUAAUAGUUAAUAGAAAUUUAAUUGAAAUAAAACAUAUCGUCAUUGAUGAUAUCCCAAUAUUUAUUAUCAUGAAAAUAUCGUGCAACUUGUUAUCAAUAUUACAAAUAGAGCACUAAAUAUAAUUUAAGUUAAAAUAUGUAAUAUAUAGAUCAUCUUGUUUUUGUAAAUACUAGUCUAACAUAGCUCUGUUGUAAUAUCAGAAUAGCAUAAGCAUUACAUGCUGAAGAACACUAAUUACAACAAUUACAUUUAUUGUUUAAAACUGACUGUUAAAUUUGCUUAGUAAUAUUAUUUUUUUAAAUAUAUAUGUGUGUUCAGGUAUUACUUUCUAAAGUAGUUAAAGUUAUAAUUGGUACUGAACUAUUAUA